GCCCGACGACGACCCGACAACCAAAGACUAUGGAGUCCGUGCCGCCUGAAACAACCACUAAGAAGCAGCGCAAGCGACCACUAAACGCAUGUGCUACCUGUCGCGCUAGGAAGGUUAAAUGUGAUGAGCGUCCGAACGGCUGUCUCAACUGCGAACGCCUACAAUUGAGUUGUGUACAGAAUGGUGCUCUUUCCACGGCUGUCAAACGAUCGAGUGCUUCCUUUGAACCAGCCGUGGGAAUUAAACGAAAACGAACAUUUCGAUCGUGCGUGACUUGUCGUGACUCGAAGGUCAAAUGUUCUGGAGAGCGACCGACGUGUUUAAGAUGCCAACAGAGAAGAGCUGCCUGUGUCUAUGAUGCCGAAGCUAUCGAGCCCGCCUGGGUGCAAAGUAUCGCAUCUCCAAAUUCUGGAGUGGAUCUCCAUGCGAUGAUGUCUACACAGGCGACUCAAGAGCCUCAAGAAACGUAUACAUCAGCCCCUACAGGAAUGGCCGUUGCGGGAUGUCCGCCCUCUCUGACAUGGCUGUUCGCGGCGGAACUGCCUCCUAAGGCCAAGCUCCACAUGUUAUUAGACGCAUACUUCAACAACGUCCAUCCUAUUCGAGUCUUUGCAUUUGAGCAUAAGCCUACAUUCAUCCGUAUGCUCGAUGAAGGCCAGCUUGUUGAUUCAUCUGAUCAAGCACUGCUUCACGUUAUGUGUGCACUAGGUGCUAGAUUCUACGCCGUCGAAUAUAGCGAGUCUUUCGCUUCUCUUCCCAAAGAUCUAAUCCAAUCCGCUGGAAACCAGUGGGCAAAAACUGCAGAAGAGAUCUUCUUCGCGGAUUAUAGCACAAUCUCCAUGACAAAAUUGAAAGUUCUCAUCCUGCUACAUGAUCAAGAGGCUCGGACAGGGAAUUACGCUGGAUCCUUCCUCUUGACGGGACUUGUAAUCCGAAUGGCCCAUGCAUUGCAACUUAAUAAUGAAGCGUCGACAGAUAUCCUAUGCAAGGUUGAUGGAUGUCCCAACGAGCUCACCAUAAGAGAGUCUCGAAGGCGGCUCAUGUGGGCGUGCUACAUGCUCGAUGUCUGGGCUGGCAGUGGUGUAGAUCACCUUACGAUCCUGAAUGAGAAGGAUCUCAAGAUUCAAUUGCCCUGUAAUGAACGCCAGUUUUUGCUUCAAAUUCCCUGCGUCACGGAGCGGCUUACGGAAGGAGACAUUCUCGAUUUCGUGCCUGCAGAAGACAUUCCAGGGAAGCCGCGCGAGAAUCUGGGUAUGGCGGCAUAUUACGUCCGUAUUGUCAGCAUAUGGCGGCGGGUUUUGCGUUUUGUCAAGCACAUGGACGAAGAACAACCGCCAUGGUUGUCCGGCUCUGAGUUUGCUAUACUCAUUGGAGACAUACAGUCGUGGAAACAAAGCUUGCCGUCGUGGUUAGAUUUCUCUGCGGACAAUAUCUAUAUCCGACGUGAAUCUCAUCAGCUCGGUGCCUUACUGCUCAUUCACUGCAUGUACCACCACGUCAUUUGCGACAUUCAUCGCAUCGCUCUUCCGGAACUUUUCAAGAACCAAGAGCCUUUUGUUUUCCCACCAGAACAGCAAUCGUUUGUAGCACACUUACAAACAGUAUGCUUCGAACAUGCACAGCGUAUGUCUAUUCUGGUUUCCACGAUACUCCAACACGGCAUCAAGCACUUCGCAGAUCCUAUAUUGCCAUCGUUUGUGUACAACAGCAGUCGGAUCAUGCUUUACUAUAUCGCCAGAAUAUUGGAUAUCUCCAAAUCGGAUGCAAGUACACUCAUCAGUCGUACUGUCGAGCUAGUACAGCAAAACAACCGUGCACUACGGGAUAUGUCACUUAUGUAUCCACUCGCAGAGCCAUUGUGUAUCACCUCCGAGCGUUGGCUUGAGACGGUGCAAACAAGCCUCGCACGAGGCUACGCGACGACUUAUGUCGCACCACAGGAUCCUUCCGAAAAUGAAGUGCAGCAGGUCGUUGGGGCACCUGCAUCCAAUAUGGCUUCAACGACAGCUGUUUCACAAAAUAAUACACUAUCAAUUCUUCCACGAUUCGGAGACCUACUUCGAGCAGCGUCGCCCACAAAUAGUCAACUUACAACGAGCGACUACUCAUUCUCAACGCCAAUAUCUGGCCAGUUCCCUUCCGGUGAUCCAGCUCUACCAAAUAUUGUCGCCGAGACUCAGGAAGUUGGGGUAACCCUAUAUGCUUCCGCUGCUUCCAAUAUAUCAGAGCAACCCGUGUUCAAUCUCGAUGAUCUUCAGAACUUUUUUGAAUGGGAAGCGAGUGGCGGAGAAAACGCUCAAUCGACGGGCUUCGAAGGGUUUGGCCCGCUGGGGUGGGCGAACAACUUCUCUAUCAUGUGAGGAUGGUUAUUAUUGAAACAAAGCGUAACAGGUGAUCCUAGUCCGACGAUCUUGUACAGCGAAUUUUCAGUGUCAAAUAUCUCAAGGUGAUGUUUUGUGAUAUCUGCAAAGUUGUUUCACAAAGGUGUUUAGUUUUGAAUGUACAGUUUGAAGCAGUCAAUUGUGAGACUGUCAAGGGAAAGGUGUGCGAGCUGAGAACUAAAUAAUCAAUAUGCGACGAUGUUGAC